AUGCAAGAACCUUUCAUUAAAGAGUGUACCACUUCUUCCACUUCUACCACCACCACCUCCGCUACCACGGCCACCAGCAUCUCCUCUGCCUCCCCCUCACGCUCAUCUUUGACAAAGGGUCCGACCAAAACUGUUACAAAAAAGGGCUCCAAGAGGGUCUUAGAAGAGAAAAAUGACAAGGACAAUAACAAGAAGGCUAAGAAUGGUGGUGGUGGUGAGAAGCACCCGGUUUAUCAAGGUGAACGAAUGCGGAGUUGGGGCAAAUGGGUGUCCGAAAUCCGGGAGCCGAGGAAGAAGUCGAGAAUAUGGCUUGGGACUUUCGACACGCCUGAAAUGGCAGCUCGAGCCCACGAUGCGGCUGCCAUGGCAAUCAAAGGACACUUGGCUUAUCUCAACUUCCCGGAGCUGGCUCAUGAACUACCCCGUCCAGCAUCCAAGUUUCCGAAAGACAUUCAAGCCGCGGUAGCCAAAGCAGCCGCCCUGGCUCCGCCAAGAAGCCAUGAAGGUGAACCUGAGCCGCUAGCUCCCAUCUCCCCAGAGUCUACUGAAACUUCAAAUGACAGAAAUGAAUCAUCAACUUCUCCUCUAAGUGUCAUUGAUGAUUCAUUUUUCGACUUGCCUGAUCUCUUCUUCGACGUUAAUUAUCAAUUUGAGGAGUUCUGUAGCGCCGCGUUGCCAUGGCAGCUGGCUGGAGCCGAGUCUGUUGGUGGUGAAUACUGGCCUGAAGAACCUUCUUUAUGGGUUUAA